UCCACCAAUCCUGCUCCUCUUCUCCAUCCUCCUCCUCCUCGCCGUCAGCGCCUCGUGCAGGAUGGCCUAUCAGCUUCCUGAUGGGUACCUGGAGGUCCUUGGAGGUCAGGAGAUCAAGAGGCCGUUCUUCUCCUGUCGAGGUCGGGUGUUCGGGUACUACGCUGACGUCACGAGUGGAUGUCGGAUAUUCCACAUUUGUCAGCCAAUCAGCGACGAGUAUGGUGCGCUGCUCGAGACCGCUCACUUCUCCUUCUUCUGCGGGAACCUGACGGUGUUCAACCAGGAGUCCCUCACCUGCACCUACCCUGAAGACGCCUACCCGUGCCAGCUGGCUGAGAGACUCUACGAGAUCUCCAACGUGAGGUUCUUUGAGGUCAACGAAGACCAGACUUUCUUCUAACUCUCCAACUGACGACCCAAAGCUGUGGAUCAUGUUUCGAGACACUCUGAAGCUUCGACAUUAAAAUCUAAAGUCCUGUAUGAAGUUAAAAGGGUCUUGAGAAUUUAACUCUUUUAUCUGAAGCUUUGAGGGGUGUUUCGAGACAGUUCCGAUGCUUUGAAGUGGAGAGUCAAAGGUUCAAAAUUGUUUCAAGGUUCUAUAUGAUCCAUAUAAUUGACUCAAUGGUUUGACUGGUGUUUCGAAACGUCUCUGAAGCCUCAAAUUGGUGAUCCAACAUUCAAAAUGAAACUAAAAAGUUCUCGGGAAUUCUCAUCAAAGAAUUAAAGUUCAGAAUAAAGUUUUAAGUGUUCCCAAAGCUUCAAACUUGAGACCUGGUGUUCCCAAGUGUUCGGAUCAUCUCUAAAAGACUUAAAAAAUAUGAUUCAAUGCUCCGAACACCUCAAAUUAUCCCCAAAAGUUCAGAAGAUAUUUCACAUAAGUUUCGAAUAUCCCCAAAAGCUCGAACUGCAGAUAUUACGAAUCAUAUAAAGCUCCGAACUAAAGACUCGACUGCUUCAGCUUCAUUAGGACCUUAGCUAUACCAUAUGAAGCCUUGAACUAGAGGUUUGUAAGGCUUCGAUCAGAGAUUCAUUGGAUUAUUUUAGUCACGUAAAGGAAAAAAUGUAUUAUGAAAACGAAUUAAUUUUCAUCUCAGGUAAACACUAAUUAAUUAUCUCAGGUAAAAACUAAUUAAUUAUCAUCUCAGGUAAAACUAAUUAAUUAUCAUCUC